GCUCAGAAAGAAACCCUAACGAAACUGACGCUGCACUCGCUCCCCUUUAAAUCCCCGAGCUCCUCACUGUGAUCUUCCUCUCCUCUAUCUCGCUCCUGAUUACAAAGUCUGCGGCGAGAGAGAACCCCCUACCAUCUUUCACUCCUCGAUUACUUAAGAUAACUUGCUGAGAUCCCAUCAUGGGUAAGGAAAAGGUUCACAUCAACAUUGUGGUCAUUGGCCACGUCGACUCUGGGAAGUCAACCACCACUGGUCACUUGAUCUACAAGCUUGGAGGUAUUGACAAGCGUGUCAUUGAGAGGUUCGAGAAGGAGGCUGCUGAGAUGAACAAGAGGUCAUUCAAGUAUGCUUGGGUGUUGGACAAGCUCAAGGCUGAGCGCGAGCGUGGUAUUACCAUUGAUAUUGCCUUGUGGAAGUUUGAGACUACCAGGUACUACUGCACUGUUAUUGAUGCUCCUGGACAUCGUGAUUUCAUCAAGAACAUGAUCACUGGUACCUCCCAGGCUGAUUGUGCUGUCCUCAUUAUUGACUCCACCACUGGUGGUUUUGAGGCCGGUAUUUCCAAGGAUGGUCAGACCCGUGAGCAUGCUCUGCUUGCUUUCACUCUUGGUGUCAAGCAGAUGAUUUGCUGCUGCAACAAGAUGGAUGCCACCACUCCCAAGUACUCAAAGGCAAGGUACGAUGAAAUCGUCAAGGAAGUCUCAUCCUACCUCAAGAAGGUUGGGUACAACCCUGACAAAAUUGCCUUUGUCCCCAUUUCUGGAUUUGAGGGUGACAACAUGAUUGAGAGGUCCACCAACCUAGACUGGUACAAGGGACCAACCCUUCUUGAGGCCCUUGACCUGAUCAAUGAGCCCAAGAGGCCCUCAGACAAGCCCCUCCGUCUUCCACUUCAGGACGUCUACAAGAUUGGUGGCAUUGGAACUGUGCCUGUGGGACGAGUUGAAACUGGUGUUGUGAAGCCUGGUAUGGUUGUGACCUUUGGUCCCACUGGUCUGACCACUGAAGUUAAGUCUGUUGAGAUGCACCAUGAAGCUCUUCAGGAGGCUCUUCCUGGUGACAAUGUCGGGUUCAAUGUUAAGAACGUUGCUGUCAAGGAUCUGAAGCGUGGUUAUGUUGCUUCCAACUCCAAGGAUGAUCCUGCAAAGGAGGCUGCCAACUUUACCUCUCAGGUCAUCAUCAUGAACCAUCCUGGGCAGAUUGGAAAUGGUUACGCUCCAGUGCUGGAUUGCCACACCUCUCACAUUGCUGUCAAGUUUGCUGAGAUCUUGACCAAGAUUGACAGGCGAUCCGGUAAGGAGCUUGAGAAGGAGCCCAAAUUCUUGAAGAACGGAGAUGCUGGUAUGGUUAAGAUGAUUCCCACCAAACCCAUGGUUGUCGAGACCUUCUCUGAGUACCCACCUCUUGGACGUUUUGCUGUAAGAGACAUGCGCCAGACCGUUGCUGUGGGUGUGAUCAAGAGUGUGGAGAAGAAGGAGCCAACUGGUGCCAAGGUGACCAAGGCCGCAGCCAAGAAGAAGUGAAGUGUUUUAUGUUAUUGUCCGCCCUUAGCUAGAUCAGUUUUGUCGAAUGUCGUAUAUUUUCCAUUUUUGUGCCUACUCUCAGAGUUGGACAGGUUUUACAAGUUUUACAUCGUAGCCCUCAUGCCUUGCUGCAAGGAUUGUGGAGGAGCUGAGCGGCUAGAAGCGAUUCUGGUUGCUCGGCAAGCUGUGUUGAAUGCUAUUCGUUAUGGUUUUUUGUUGGUUUAUACAUUGAAAUCGGUCGUGUAGUUGGUUAUUGGACAAUUUGUAUUAAUGUUUGCAAUCGUUGUUAAACUUGCUUCUCUUUUAAAUUUGUGUCUUUGCUUUA